AUGAGCCUCAACAGAUGCCUGCUGAAACCUUCAGAGGUUAAGGAGUUUAUAAAACAGUGCAUGCUUGCUGUGGGUACUAAAGCCAGCCAUGCCAACAGCCUAGCAGAUGUGCUAGUGGAGGGAGACUUGCGCGGCCACUACAGCCAUGGACUUAAUCGCAUGGUUUUGUAUGUAAAGGAGACUCAGGCAGGAAUCUGUGCAAAGGAAGGCGAGCCAGUGGUGGAAAAGGAGUCAGCGGCUACAGCGCUUGUGAAUGGGAUGAACCUACUUGGUCCAGUUGUGGGAAACUACUGCAUGAAUUUAGCUCUGAAGAAAGCACAAGAAGUGGGCAUAGGCUGGGUGGUCGCUCACGGCUCCAACCAUUAUGGCAUUGCUGGCUACUAUUCACUCCAAGCACUGAAAAAAAAACAUGAGGGGAUGUGCUACACUAAUUCCUCUCCUUUAGUGGUUCCAACACGAGCUAAAGAGUGCACUUUGGGAACAAACCCUAUUAGCAUUGCAGCUCCUGCUAAGGAUGGAGACAGUUUUGUGCUGGACAUGGCAACCUCGGCUGCUGCUAUUGGAAAGGUGGAGCUUCAUGCACGUAAUAGCUGCUUAAUCCCAGAGGGUUGGGGUUGUGAUGCUAAUGGCCUUCCCUGUUCUGACCCCCAGGCAGUGCUGUCCGGAGGAGGCCUAUUGCCUGUGGGUGGAAGUGAGAUGACAGGAGGUUAUAAGGGUUAUGGCCUGGCAAUAAUGGUGGAGGUUUUCUGCGGGAUUCUCUCUGGUUCGAACUAUAGCAAACAUGUACGAAUGUGGCGAAUGGCAGACUGCAAGGCAAACCUGGGUCAGUGCUUUGUGGCAUUAAUCCCAGCAUUCUUCGCCGAUGGAUUCAAUGAUAGGAUGUCUGAUUUGCUGUCCAUACACCGGAACCUUAAGCCAGCAGUGCCAGAGAUGCCUGUGAUGGUCCCAGGAGACCUGGAGCGGAGACACAACCAGACCUGCCGUGAGCUGGAUGGCAUCCCGUACUCUCUGAGUGUGGUUAAGCAUAUGAAUGAGGUUGCCAGCACAUUGGGAGUGACUUUUCUGCUGCCCACCAACAGACUCACUGAGUAAAAUGGCAGGCUUCAACUUUAG